AUGUCGCGAUCCUCUAGAGUGGCCUAUGUCCAUCCAGACAAGUUCAAGGCUGUUUUCCCAACACUAAAGCCGACUGUUUAUAACGACCCAAACACGGCAAGAACACCGGGCAAUCUUCGAACAAUUGCUUGGAACCCUGUAGGUACAUGGGUUGCGACAGGAUGUACAGACAAGACCCUACGUGUCUGGAAUGUGGACAAGCCUAAUGUCCGUCAGUCUACCGAGUUGAAAGGCCAUACGGCUUCCAUAGAGAAAGUAGCUUUCAAUCCUGUCAAGGAGCUGGAACUCUGCUCCGUUAGCAGUGACGGCACUGUCAAGUUCUGGGAUGUCCGAACAAGAAACAUCAUCAAUGAAGUCAAAGGCCUAGGCGAGGCGUUUACCCUUGCUUGGGCCCCAGACGGAGAGAGUUUGGUAGUUGGCAAUAAGGCAGAUACGCUCUUCGUGUUAUCACCAACCCAGAGUACCCCCUUGUCAACACAUCAGCAAAGCGUACAGACCAACAAUCUUACAUUUUGUUGGAGCGGUAAAAGAAUAUAUGCCACCACCUCGGAAGGCUACACGAGAAUCCUCACAUAUCCAAGCCUAGAGCCUGCCUUCCUCUACAGCUACAAGGACCCCAAGGAUGCGGAGAUGAAGCUGCAUGGUCACACGUCAGCUUGCACCACUGUUGAAUUGCACCCAAUGAGUAGGUUUCUUGCAACGGGUGGAACGGAUUCACUGAUAUCCCUUUGGGACACCGAGGAAUGGAACUGCCAGCGAACCAUCACAAAAAUGGUGGGACCCAUUAAAAGCAUCAGUUUCUCUUUCGAUGGUCAUUGCAUCGUGGGUGGUAGCGACGAAGGCAAUGCAAUGGAGUUCCACAGUUGCGAGACCGGAGAGCAUUUGUUCACAUACAAGACUGCCUCGCCCUGUCCGUUGGUGGCGUGGGCACCGAAUAGGUAUGCACUUGCAUACUGUGAGCUUGGCACACUUCGAAUUAUCAGCGCUGGAGCAAAGUAG